AUGGUCGGUGCCGGAGUCGUCGCAGAGGAAGCCCUCGAUCCCCCUCCUCCGCCCCCGCGUCUCUUUGAGCGUCUGCGUCAAAUAGCCGGCUACACCUGGGACGAGUCUAUCCAUCCGGUUCACUCGACGUAUGACUACUGGUAUGUCUUUGGAACUCGACUCGUGCCCCAGGCCCCGACGCCAUCUACUUCGUCGCACCACCUGCCGAGCUCUGCACUGUCAGCCAAGCUGCGGUCCACAUCGGACCAUGGCGGCCAGCACACCCCAACAUCUGCCAACGACGGCGAGCCUCUGCCGUCACCUUCUAACUUCCCGCACCCGCCGUCCACCGCUUCCUCGAUCUCUGCAGCCGAAUCCUCCUACUCCGAAGAUCUCAUCGUCGCCCGCAUCUCCCUUCACACCGUCCGUGAGGAGCGGGCUUAUCAGAUUGCCAAGAACUUCUUGGCCAAGGCCGACCCCGAAGCCCGCCACAUUGUCAAGCCGCUGGAUCUGAUCAGGCUGCCGCCCAUAUCGGGCGACCGCGGCGCCCUGGUCGUCGCCGUCUACCAGCGCAUCGGCCCCAACUACCUGUUUGAUGUCCUCGACAUGGGCCCCGCGGUGUACAGGGCACGCAAGGACGGCGAAACCUACCACUCCUACUCCGAGGUCGAGACCGUGCCAAAGGAAGCCAUCAGCUUGGAACAUUUUCUCGAUUUCGCCAUAGGCGCUGCAGAGUGCCUCGAGAUUCUCCACCAUCACCACGGCAUGAUACACGGCGAGAUUCGUGGCGAUGCCUUGCAUUUUAACGUCGAGUCGAACAAGGUUCGGAUCAUAUCCUUUGGCUCCGGCUUACGAUCGUUCGAGCAUGGCCUGACAAGCACCGGCUGGUCGACCCUGUCCAAGGAAAUUGGCGCCAAACACAAGCUCCUGUACAUAAGCCCCGAGCAGACAGGCCGCAUGCCCGCCGAGCCCGAUAGCCGGACCGAUAUCUACUCCCUUGGCGUGCUCUUCUGGACCCUCCUCGCACGGCAGCCUGUGUUUAGCGGCGACACGCCCUGGGAUAUCGUGCAGGGCGUUUUGAACAAGAAAAUACCAAACGUCACCACUGUCCGCAUAGACGUUCCAGAUGUCAUUGGACGCAUCAUACAAAAAUGUACUGCCAAGAAUGUGGCCGAUCGCUACCUUUCGGCCAGUGGAUUGCGCCACGACUUAGUGCUGGUGCAGGAGUAUCUCGGUCAAGGAGACCUGCAAGCUCUUGCUGAUAUGCAAAUUGGCACCAAAGAUGUCUCGUCGUUUUUUCUACUCCCGACAGUCAUCAUUGGCAGGGAAAAAGAGAGAAACGAGCUUCUCCGUGUUAUUGACCGUGCUUUUAGAAGCCACUCUGUACAGGCCAAGGGCCCGCAACCGAAAUCUCCUGACGGCUCUAGCUUGCUAAACGAAGGCUUUCUCGCCGAUGACGUCUCCAGUGAAGGCGCUAGCUCCCUCGGCGACGGCAACACCCGGCGAAGCGACACCACCUCCACAACGCACUCCAUCAACACUCUUCCAGCGCCUCGGAUAACCCGUCGCUGGGAACGCCACCAGUCCAUGUCGAAUGACACGAACUCUGCUGCUGAUAGCUCUGGUUAUGACGGUAGUCGCCAUGGUGGCGUCGACUCUGGGGCCUCCACACUAUCUCGACAUCUUGGAACUGCCAAAUUCAGGCGUAGGGGCCAAUGCGAAGUGGUGGUGAUUGAGAGCGCCGGCGGUUUGGGCAAGAGUCGCUUGAUUCAGUCUGUAUUACCUGAAAUUCGCAAACGUGGAUAUUGUGCCACGGCAAAAUUUGAUUCGGCUAGGAGAGCCGCACAUGGCCCCCUCAUCAAGCUCCUAUCUUCCCUCUUCAAGCAAGUAUGGGGCGAAAGAAAUACGGACACGCCCUUUCACCAAGCGCUGAAGCAGUACAUUCGCCCCGUCUGGCCCAUGCUGCAUAAAAUUUUGGGCCUUCCAGAGUUUCUACUAGGCCCGGCAGAUACCGUAGCUUCCCGCACCAUUUCGAUGUCACAAAAUUCGGGGCUGCGAAAUAACAAUCGUGGUGGCAAGCGCAGGGGCUCCUCACCAGGUAUCUCGCCUAGCCCCUCUGUUGGCGGCCUUAGUAUUGCCUCACAGACUGCGCAUGACUUUCUACGCUCUGGCGCCUCGACAAAGACGAGGCGAUUCGUCAACACCUUUCUCGACGUCUUGCGCGUUUUCACUCACCACAAGCUCAUCUGCUUCUGCUUGGAAGACCUUCACUUUGCCGAUGAAGAGUCCUUGGAGCUCGUUUCCCAAAUCAUUAGCUCGCGUAUGCGAAUGGUCAUCAUACUCACCCACCGACCAGAAGAGCUUUCCGCCGAAAAGAUGCAGAGUGUAGUUUACACUGCAGAAAUCCAAGAACUGCCCAAGAGCAGUCGGCCAACCGUAACGAGGCUGAGAUUAGCUCCGUUGACGGAAGCCGAAGUCUUGAAGUACGUUGCCACGACCUUGGCCAGACCAACUGACGAUAUAUUGUCGCUCGCCAUGGUCAUCCAGUCCAAGACGGCGGGCAAUCCAUUCUAUAUCCGAGAGAUGCUCAGUAUAUGCAACCGUAAGCGGUGCAUCUGGUACGACUAUCGUGACUCUCAGUGGCAUUAUGACCUGGACAAGAUAUUUGCCCAGUUUCAAGGCGAAAAGGACUUUGACGUACUCGACACCGAUUUCAUUACUCGACGACUCGACGAACUGCCUCCCGCAGCACGUGCCGUUCUCGCGUGGGCAGCACUCAUAGGAGGCUCCUUCUCCUUUGAACUCAUCUGCCGUUUGAUGAGUGGCGAGUACGACUUUGACGAUGGAGCUCCGCUUUGUUCCCUCGAGUCCCCCGCGCAAAAGAGAUACACUGAGGGCGAGGCCAUCGAGGGCCUGCAGGCAGCUGUGCAGGCUUACAUCCUUGUUCAGAGCGAGACGGAGGAUAGAUUUCGGUUUGCGCAUGAUAGAUAUGUCCAAGCCUCGUCAGGCCUGAAGGAAUGCAAUGAGCAAAAGAUGCACUUCAUCAUUGCGCAAACCCUAAUGAAAUAUUAUGCUGAUGAUUCAAGAGAACAAACCGGCGCUGCUAGGCACAUCUGCAAGGCUGUCCCUUUGAUCAAGUCACGCAUACCAGAACGAGUACACUUUCGCAAGCUUCUCAAGGAAUGCGCACAGGAUGCUGUCGAGAACGGAGCUAGACCAACGGCUUCCAAAUAUUUCAGCAAGGCACUGCAAUUGCUGCAGCCUAACCCCUGGGAAACCGACGACCCUGAUGCCAGCUACGACGAAACCCUUCAACUUUACCUGCGAACCGCCGAAUGCUAUCUCUACAUGAGCAAGCUCUCCAAGGCCAACGAUUUGCUGUCCGUCAUUUUCGCCAACGCCAAGACACCGUUGGACAAGGCACCGGCCUAUGUGCUGCAGUCCCGCAUUUUUGCGCAAAACGGCAAUUCCUUGGCAGCCCUCAUUUCACUCAAAGAUUGCAUGUCCACCAUUGGCUUGAAGGUCGAAAGAGAGCCAACUUAUGCAGCGUGCGAUAAAAAGUUUGAGGAGCUGGCGACGCAAAUCAAGUCGAUGGAUCGGGCUCAGCUUACAGCUGUUCGGACUAGCAACGACCGGGUCAUGACGUCGAUUGGCGCCGUGCUGUCCGAAGCGCUUAGUGCUGCUUGGUGGAGCGAUUGCCUUGAGUACUACUAUCUCACACUGGUGAUGCUUGAGACCCAUCUCACGCGGGGAGCAUUCCCGCAGUCUGGCAUGGCGUUCCUGAACAUGGGUGUCGUAGCCCUUUGCCGCUUCUCCAUGGCCGAGUUUGCCGUUGAGCUUGGUGUCAUCUCACAAGAUCUGCUCUACGAUGGGCGUGAUACGUUUUCCAUUGCGCGCGGUCAAAUGCUUCAUACAUGCUUCCUUGCGCACAUUCAUUGCUCCAUGCCGCUCGCUGUGGCCCAGACCGAAGACGCCAUUGAAUUGGCCUCCGUGGGUGGCGAUCGAAUGUCGACCAUUCUCAGCUAUGGACUCACUGCCCAUGCCAAAUUCUUUGCGAGCGAAAAUCUCGACGACCUGGAGAGCUACUGCGAGUAUGCAUGCGAAGAGAUUCCUACUUGGUACUCUGACACAAGAGGUGGUGCCAUGAUUGUGGCGAUCCGCCAGACAUGCCGUGCUCUCCAAGGCAAGACAUGCGUGGACGAUGCUGUUGGUGUCAUGUCUGAUGACCAACAUGACGGUCCUUAUUACAAGACCUGGCUUAUGACGCAAACACAGGAGAGCAACCGAUCCAUUCUCUUGUACGAAAGUGUCGAGCUGGUCAAUCUGUUCUUAUACGGACACUAUGAAAGAGCUGUUGAGCUGGGCAGACAUUGUUACAAUCAUCUCGAUGCCAUUUGGUCAGCACGCAACAGUCGACUGAUUCUGCUGUUUUACGGUCUGGCUCGAGCUGGACAGCUUCUGAGGCAGAUGCAAGAUCCGCGCUCACCCACGGCCAACUUUUCUGCGCAGACGCAGGAAAUUGUCAAGGAGAUGCAAGGCUUUGUCGACAAGAUCAAACAGUGGUCCGCAGUGUCGGAUGUCAACUAUCUCUGCUGGUCACGCCUGCUAGAAGCACAAAUGGUGGAGCUUGUCGGCAAUCAUGGCGAAUCAGUACGGCACUAUGAAGAGGCCCUCGACCACGCCAGUGAACAUGCCUUUGUCUUUGAAGAAGCUUUGGGCAAUUACCUGAUGGCUGGCUUCUUCCUCCGCCGACGUGCGAGACGAUCCGCCCGGGCCGCCCUACUGGAGGCGGUCGGCCUGUACCGCCAGCUAGGCGCCACUGGUGUCGCAAAGGCCAUUGAGGAGGAGCACUCUUUGCUGCUUCGAGGACCUACCCGAAGCCACCAGACUGCGGAUGCCGCCAUCCAGACUGAUUUUGUCACGGACACUACGUCCGUUCAGUACCCCCACGCGGAUGGUGAAGACGAUCACGAGCUGACGCAAGUCAAUUCGCAUAAUCUGAUGGAUGCCAAAGGCGACAGGAUAGGAGCCUGGCGCGGCUCCAUGAAUAUGCAAAGUGACGACUUGUCUGGACUCCCCACGCUCGACAUGAUUGAUCUGCACGCCAUCCUGGUUUCUUCCCAGGUCAUUUCAUCCGUCUUGCAGAUCGACGAGCUGCUCAAGACCAUGUGUGAUGUCAUUCUGCAGACUUGCGGAGGUUCAGCGACUCUCGCCGCCAUCGUCGUGCAGGACCCUGAAGGAGAUGCCAAUUCAUGGUGCAUUGCCGCUAGUGGUGAUCCUGAAAAAGGCGCGUCUGCACACAACCCUGGUCUCCCUCUCGCCGCAAACUCAUUGAUUGCGGACAAUGUCGUACUGUACUGCACCCGCUUCCGCGAAGCUGUGUUUAUCCCUGACCUCAGCGUUGAUGAGCGUGUCGGCAACGUUAACGAAACGUGGCUCCAAAAGAAUCCCCUCGGGAGAUCAAUCAUUGCCAUUCCUAUCACGCACGGCAACAAGCCGCUUCUCGGUGUCUUGUACAUGGAAGGCGAGCCUCGCUCGUUCACGGAUCGCAACGUUACUGUGCUACAGCUCUUGGUAAACCAGCUUGCCAUCAGUUACUCGAACGCGCAUACCAUGAAGAACCUCGAAAGGGUAUCGGCAGAGAAUCGCUCGAUGGUGUCGGUUCAGCGCAGGGCACUGGACAAGGCAAUCAAGGCCGAAACCAAGGCCAAGGAUGCAGAAGCUGAAGCCAACCGCAACGUCAAGCUUGCCGAGGAGGCGGCCAAGGCAAAGUCCAUCUUCUUGGCCAACGUGUCGCACGAGCUCCGCACGCCCCUCAAUGGUGUCAUUGGCAACUCUGAGCUUCUCCGAGAUAGUUACCUGAACAGAGAGCAGAUGGAGAUGGCCGACUCGAUUCGAGUGUCUGCUGAUCUUCUCCUGACGGUCAUCAACGACAUUCUCGAUUUUUCAAAGAUGGAGGCGGACAAGAUGAAGCUCUAUAUUAUCGCCUUUAACCCUGAGGAAAUGGUGCGAGAGGUUGUUCGUGCUGUGUCGUAUAGCAACCGCGAGAAGACGUCCAAGAAGAAUGUCAAAAUUAUCCAAGACAUUAAUCUGCCCUCGAUGCUCAUUUAUGGAGAUCCUAUUCGCCUCCACCAAGUUUUGGGCAAUCUCAUUGGCAACAGCCUCAAGUUUACCGAGGACGGAUCCAUCACGAUUGGAGCGCGUUUAGAAUCGGAAACGGCUGAGAGUGCGACUCUCACCUUCUGGGUCCGGGACACGGGCAUCGGAAUCCAUCCGCAGCAGCUCGCCAAGCUGUUCCAGCCUUUCAGUCAAGCCGAUGCUGGGACGGCCAGAAAGUAUGGUGGCAGCGGUCUUGGGCUGAGCAUCUGCAAAUCUCUGAUCGAGGUCAUGAUGAAGGGCAAGAUUCGGUUGGAGAGUGAAGAGACGGUCGGCACAACAGCCUGGUUUACAGUGUCGUUCGAAAAGACCAAGGCGGACGUUUCCGCUGGCGAUGCGCUGGCCAAGUCGUCACCCCCGAUUGACCGGUACUCGAUCUUGUCGCCGCAUUACGAGCGGGCGAUUGCUGCCAACCCUACUAUGAAUCUGUCCAAGCUCGCCACCGAGGAUAUACGCGUAUGCAUCGCUGAAGACAACCCGAUCAAUCAAAAGAUCGCCAUUCAGUAUGUGAAGCGCCUCGGAUAUCGCAACGUCGUGGCCUACGAAAACGGCAUGAAGGCGAUUGAGGGUCUACGUGCCAAGGCCAAGGACGGACAGCCGUAUCACAUUAUCCUCAUGGAUGUCAUGAUGCCCGUCCUUGAUGGAUACGAAGCGACCAAGCUUAUCCGCAAGGACCCUAUCGAGGCUGUACGAAAAAUUCUCGUCAUUGCCAUGACAGCUUCUGCGAUCCAGGGCGAUAGAGAAAAGUGCCUUGCAGCAGGCAUGAAUGACUACCUCGCCAAGCCAGUGCGGGCCGACGUGCUACGGCGGAAACUGGACGCCUACGUCAAUGCGCCGGAGAACGUAUUCACACCCUCGCCCAGCCCGCUGGAAAUCUCGCAGGCCGAGUAUGAUGCGAGGUUGAAGGCCGUGACAGAAUCUCCCAGUGAGCAGACAUUUAGCCGCCAAUCGUUCCGGACGGACGCCAGCAUGGAUCCAAUGGAGGAAGGAGCUGUAUUCAAUCAGCCGCUCGACCCGGAAGGACUGCUUGCGUGCGACAGUCCCAUCUUUGGCUCGUCGACGCCAUCGUUUCCACACCGCAGUCGGUCCCUCAACAGCUCGGCAUCGACAACGCGGAGCCCGUCGGAACUGUCUGCCGAUAAGAAAGAGGAUAGCGCGGCCCGGCCAGCUGCCGAUGACGGUGCUGAGCCGGCGAUGGAAGACAAAAAUGGCACUAUGGCGAAUGGCAAGAGCGACAGUUGA